AUGAGCUCUACUCAGACCAAAGAGCUGGCCAUGCAGGCCGACCCCAAAUGGCCCGACUUCAUGAACCCCGCGGUUUUUCGCAGAAAUACCCUCCCUGCGCGUUCUUAUCAUAUUCCCUCUACAUCUCUCCUUCUCAAUGGAGCCUGGGAGUUCAAUAUGUCCCGGUCACCACCGGAGGCUCCCGAGCCUAACGAGAAGACUUCUGAUGGGGACUGGUCUAGCAUCAACGUUCCAGGUCACUGGCAGUUGCAGGGUUGGGGAAAGCCAAAUUAUACCAACACACAAUUCCCCAUCCCAGUGUGUCCUCCUUUCGUACCCACCGAGAACCCCACGGGCACAUACCGUCGGAAGUUCCAAGUGCCGGCUGAAUGGCAGGCCAACGAGUCAGAGAUUCGUUUGCGAUUCGACGGCGUCGAUAGCGCGUACCACGUUUGGGUGAACAAGUCCUUGGUCGGGUAUGCGCAGGGUAGCAGAAACCCCUCUGAAUUUGACGUCACACCAUUUGUGCAGGAAGGUGACAAUGAAGUCUUUGUGCGGGUGUAUCAGUGGUCAGACGCUACGUAUAUCGAAGAUCAGGAUCAGUGGUGGCUAUCUGGAAUUUUCCGGGACGUCACUUUGAUUGCGCUCCCAGCCAACGAUCGUUUGAAUGACUGGUUCGUUCGCACGGAUCUCGAUGCAGAAUACGAAAAUGCGACGCUUCUCGCAACGAUUGACUAUCAAGUCUCGGAGCAAAGCACUAUUACACUCAACUUAAUUCAGUCGGUAGAGGGCAACAGUCAUGUCAUUGCUUCUACAGAGUGCACUGUAGAGCCAACAACAUCCGCAGUUGAUCUCAUCUUGCCUGUUGCCAACCCCAAGAAAUGGACGGCCGAGCAGCCGUAUCUGUAUGGAGUGGAGAUGCUCCUGAAAACUCUUGGAUCCGACAAGGCGUUCAGAACUACACAGCGCAUUGGUUUCCGCAAAGUUGAGCGCAAGGGUGGUCUCAUUACUGUCAACGGAAAGGCUAUUCAGCUUCGUGGAGUCAACCGACACGAUCACCACCCCCUUUUGGGUCGUGCCGUGCCGGUGGACUUUAUGAGGAAAGAUCUGCUUCUCAUGAAAGGUCACAACGUCAAUGCCCUUCGCUGCAGCCACUAUCCCCCCGACCCUCGGCUUCUUGAUAUGGCUGAUGAGCUGGGCUUCUGGGUUAUCGAUGAAGCCGAUCUUGAAUGCCAUGGCUUCUACGACGCCGUCUCACGUCCAAUGGACAUGGACGAAACCCUUGGCUACGAGGAGCGGAAGGCAAUGACUUUCCCCAAGUGUGGUACACAUACAUCAGACAAUCCCGUCUGGCGGGCAGCCUACGUUGAUCGAGUUCAUUCACUGAUUCAACGAGACAAGAACCAUACUAGUAUUAUUAUCUGGUCUAUGGGAAAUGAGGCUUUCUUCGGCACAUGUCAACACUCUAUGGUAGAGUAUGCCCGGGCCUUCGACAGUACUCGCUUGGUCCACUACGAGGGUGACAUUCAUGCGGAGACUACAGACAUGUUCAGCUACAUGUACCCGGAGAUCGACCGGCUGCGAUCCUUGGCAGCCACUGAGGGUGUUUCAAAGAAUGGCGAGUUCGACAAACCUAUUAUUCUCUGUGAAUACGCUCAUGCCAUGGGCAACGGACCCGGCCUGCUUACGGAGUAUGAGAAAUGCUUCGAUGAGAUCCCGCGUUUGCAGGGCGGUUUUAUCUGGGAAUGGGCCAACCACGGGUUGUACGUUGAAGGAAACAAUCAGAAAGACGGCUUUUAUGCCUAUGGUGGUGACUUCAACGACUAUCCGAAUGAUGGAACGUUUGUGAUGGAUGGUCUCUUGAACAGCGCCCACCAGCCUCUGCCAGGUCUGUUGGAGCUGAAGAGAGCCUUUGAACCAGUCAAGUUGGAAGUCCGUGGACAAGUCUUGGCUCUGAAGAACCGGUACAACUUCUCGGACCUAAGCCAUCUUCAAGCUUUAUACAACCUUGAAUCAUUUGACAAAGAAGCGAAAACCUUGGAAACUGGACCGCUGGAGCUGCCCACUCUACACGCCGGCCAAUCUGUUGAGAUUCCUCUCCCGACAGAGCUCUUCCAACACAAUGUCCAUCCAGUCUACUUGACUAUUACGCUUGAGCAACGAGGAAAGGUUGAAUGGGACCAGGGGACCUACGUGGUUGCUUGGACCCAACAACUGGUAUCAAAACCGACCGAGAAAGUCCCAGUCAGCCUGAGCUCUGCUCAGGAUGCUAUCUCGACCAACUCCACCAAAACAACUGUGUCUGUCAGCGGAGCCAACUGGUCCUUUGAGUUUGACCGCAUUCGGGGACAUCUCAGGAAGUGGACAUACAACUUGACGUCUAUUCUUGAGCCGCAUCCUGACACAGGGCUUGCCAUGGUCCCUGGUUUCUGGCGUCCUCCGACAGACAACGACGUACCUUCUGCGGCGCCCUAUUCGAAGCGAUUCGGAGUGAACAAUCUCACAAACCAGUUCCGUUCUUUCCAUAUGACGUCGAUGGAGAAUGGGAGUGUUUGUAUUGAAAGUGAGACAUUCCUGUCGCCUCCAGUCCUUUCCUGGGGAUGGAAAUGUCUCGCACGUUACACCAUCACUCCCAACGGCUCGUUGUCCACCACGAUAAGCUUGCAACCCACUGGAGCCGCCCCAGCAACUGUUCCUCGUGUUGGUAUGAAUCUUCGUGCAAGCUCUAGUUUGCAGUCAGCACGCUGGCUCGGACUUGGUCCUGGAGAAUCGUAUCCCGACAAGAAGGCUGCCCAGAAAUUUGGUUUGUGGAAUGUUGAUAACAUCGCAUCGCUAGAGACGGUUUAUGACAUUCCACAGGAGAAUGGAAACCGCACAGAUACUGCUUGGAUGGAGCUUCUCACUACAAACGGCAUAGGCUUCCGCGCAAGCCCGCAACAAAGUACAGUGGUGAAUGGAGGAACGGCAAGCUUGAACUGGAAAGCUAGUCAGUACUCCGAUCAGGUUAUUGAGUCCGCACAACACCCUUGCGAUCUUGUCAAAGAUGACGCGGUGUUUGUGAGAUUGGAUGACCAAGUUGCAGGCGUGGGAACUGCAGCCUGUGGCCCAGGGCCUAUGGAUGAGCAUCUAGUUAAGGUGCAGGAUAUCACCUUUGGUAUGCUAUUAGAGCCUGUGUCUUUGUGA